AUGUCGAUCGUUCCUAGUUUCUUUGCCCCAAGAAGCAACAUGUUCGACCCAUUCUCUCUGGACGCAUGGGACCCUUUCGAUCAGGGCUGCCCCUUUCGAUCGAGGUGGCUAUCGGAUCUCGGCUUCGCCAGUGAUGUCAGUGCCGAGGCAAAUACUCGGAUCGAUUGGAAAGAGACGCCUCAGGGCCACGUAUUCGAGGCCGACCUUCCGGGGCUCAAGAGGGAGGAGGUGAAGGUGGAGCUGGAGGAAGGGAGGGUGCUGAAGAUAACUGGGGAGAGGAGCAGAGAGAAAGAAGAGCAGGGCGAGAAGUGGCACCGCGUCGAGAGGAGCAGCGGCAGGUUUCUCCGGAGGUUCCGGCUGCCGGAGAAUGCCAAAGUGGAGGAGGUGAAGGCUUGCAUGGAGAACGGGGUGCUCACUGUGACGGUGCCCAAGGUGGAGGUAAAGAAGCCGGAGGUUAAGUCCAUUGAGAUCUCCGGAUGAUCAGAAGACACAAGGGCAGGGGCAUUCUUUCUGCGCCCUUAGCUUUCUUAUAACGAAGGUCCGAAUGUUACUGGCUUUACAUAUAUCAACGUAGUCGCGGAAGGCCUGCAG